AUGGGGAGAGGAAGAGUGGAGCUGAAGAGAAUAGAGAACAAAAUCAACAGACAAGUCACCUUCUCGAAGCGAAGAAACGGUUUACUGAAGAAAGCUUACGAGCUAUCGGUCCUCUGCGAUGCAGAAGUCGGUCUCAUCAUCUUCUCCAGCCGCGAUAAGCUCUACGAGUUCGGAAGCGUCGGAGUUAUGAAAACACUUGAGCGUUAUCAACGUUGCUGCUUUAAUCCUCAAGACAACAACAAUGAACGAGAAACACAGAGUUGGUAUCAAGAAGUUUCCAAGUUGAAAGCGAAGUUUGAAUCCCUCCAACGCACCCAAAGACAUUUACUCGGGGAAGAUCUUGGACCGCUUAGCGUUAAAGAACUACAUAAUCUUGAAAAACAACUUGAAGGGGCUCUCACACAAGCACGACAAAGGAAGACACAAAUCAUGGUAGAACAGAUGGAAGAGCUUCGUCGUAAGGAACGCGAACUUGGAGACAUGAACAAGCAUCUAAAGAUCAAGGUCUCACAUGAGUUAUCAACGGGCUUAGAUUUAGUGUACAACCAGUUCAUGCAUGGGGAAGGAUCAUCAGUUCAGAGGAACAUGGUUGGUGAGAGUAGUAUCCAUGGUUGGGUACUUUGA